GUCACGUCAGAGUUCAGUCAGAUUUGCGCAGGUGGCGUUCUCGGUCGUGUGCACGCAUGCGCUCUGUCAGUUAAGCCGGAUAAAUGAAUAGUGACAGUUACCCUUAUUUUAUUUUUAUUUCUAUAAAAAUUCAAUAAAACCGUUAUAUAAACAUCACUUGUUACGUUUUAAAAAAAGUCAAUUUACGCGUUGAAUAUGUAUUUAUAACGUUAGUCGUUUUAAUGUUUUGAUGAAUAAAAUAUUGAUUUACAGGGGCCUAUCCUCUUUAUGUUGAAUUUCAUAUUUAUUUUACCUAGUUAAUUUUGGCAAAAAGUUAGACGAUCCUAACUGUUGGUGCGUUGGAACAGGUUUUUAAAACGGUAGAGUUUUUGUUGAGUUCAUUGUUUGUGUAUGUGAAUCUAUAGUUUGCGAUUGUCGAACGAAUGUGCCUCGUUGGUUCCAGUGAUGCUGUGAUCCGUAGAAAAAGCCUGGCGUAACUUCAUCUUUGCAUGAUAAUUGAAAACGGUGAGGAGUGGUAGUCGGUGGUAUCUAAAUGAUGGUCGCGGAGCUCACCGUGAAAAGCCGCGCCCGGCAGGAUGGCCGCGCUCUCUUGCUAUCAACCUUGUCGGUCGCACCUCGCACAACCUGCUAGGUGUUUUAACAACGACGACGAUCACUCAGCGACACUAUCAAUCCGUAGACGUCAAUUCGUUGAAAGAUGUCACGAAGCCCGUACUGGUCGAGGCAGGGACCUCAUACCUGAGGUAUCCGUCAAGAGGACCAGGGAGGAGUUGGCUAAGCAUGCGGCACAAACGCAACAACUGACCAGGCGGCUGAACGUCGAGUCAGGAUGGUCGAAAGUUGAAGAGGUCAGGAAGAAGUUCGAGGGAGCUGCGACCUCGGCUUCCUACUCUCGCUCCUUUGAAUCUCCGCCUAGACGUCGUCUAGCGGACUCGUUAUUCGCAAGUUUUAAGCUACCGCGUCGGAAGGAGAUGGCGACACCUCGCUCGCUCGCGCCGCAGCCGCAGCAAAAGCGGAAGUCCGCAGUCGAGUUGCUCGCUGAGACCAAAGCGUUCUACGUGAAGUCGGAAACUGUGCUUGAUCGAAAGCAAGAGCUCCCUUUGAGGGUAAGCAGUGGUUUGAGUCAGGCAAUAGCUGCCGGGGGCUGUCAUCUCGUCAGCUCCGGCACGCUCAAUAAUGACGCCUGCUGUAAUCCUUAUGCAACGACAAGAAUAGCAAGUACGCGGCGAGCAGUGAGCGCGGGCGAAGGUCUGCAGAACACUUUGAGGCGGCUUCUCGAACAUUCUGACAGCAGAGAAAAUGUUUACUCACCGGCGUAUGUCUCUCAAAAAAUGUUCACCGAAGCACGUCGCCUCAAAGAUUCGUAUCCGGACCGUGAUGUGUCCCGGUCGCAACACACGUCCGGGACAUUUUCCGGGACGUCAUCGUCCGGAACUUCAGGUUCUAAACACAAGGAGGACAAGAACCGGCCCCUGAGCUUUGGUGACGCAAGGGUUUUCUUCCCGGAGUCGUUCGUGAUACCGAGGCAGAGACCCAGUGAAGUUAUUAUUAAGAACACUUAUUCUAUACCGAGUCCCCAGUCAAGUCCACACGCGUUGCCCGACGACAUCUCCCGCAGCGGGGAACAUAUCGUCGCGAUCAGUCCCCCAGCUGAAUACGCGCUCUCUGCUCCCAGAUAUAUUAGAUCUAAUUCUCACUCCCAACCGAGCGCACGAGAAGAUGACAGCACCAAUAUUAAUAGCCAUAAAUCUCUUCCCGAUUUACAUGCGCAAGCGCAUGGCUAUCCUGAACACGUCAAUCAAAUAGUCGUAGGUACAGAGUCCAUCGGUCGUUCACCUCGUAGACGACGCCAUUCUGCUCAUCACCGUACCGCUUCCUGCUCGUCUAAGGGUACCAGAUCGAAUCACUCAUCGUUGAUGUCAUCUUGCGAUGCGUUCUCGGAGCACCCGUCGCCUGGCGAAGAAAAUUACCAAUCGUAUAACAGCCGCUGCGGCUCGUCGUUCGCGCGCGACUCGGGCGGCUCGAGCGGACACUACACGCAGCGCAGCGCGCCGCCGCACGCGCGCGACCACGCGCACCACGAGCGGAACCGAGGCUACACGUGGCAGGCGAACAACGGCAGCGCGCUGGAGCAGUGCUACGUGUCGGCGCCGCCGCAGUUCCAGGACGGCGCGCCGUCGCCGCCGCCGCCCUACGCGCCGCACGCCGCCCACGCCGCGCACGCGCACGCGCGCGUCGGGAUACACUUCCAGGCGAGCGCCCCACCGCCCCAGUUCCAAGACGAGCCGCCGCUGUACGACUAUGGAGACUACGAUUGCACAUACAAAACCCCUUUGAAGUGUCUAAACGUUAGCAGGAAAGAAUAUACCAGCACAAGGGAAUAUAAAAGAUAUCACGAGCCGAGCACGGAACUAAUAAGCAAGCAACCCCAGUACCAAGAAGUGCGCAUGCGCCCGCGCAUGGACGACAUGCAGGAAUACGUCAACACUGCUCAGAUAUGUCCUCCGGAAGAAGUGACGUCACCGCUCGGUACUUUCAAACGUCAAAGAUGCCUUCGCUACAAGCAGCGCCGUCCGAGACCCAUUCUCCGCUCGAAAUCAGACAUAUCUGACAGAUAUAGACGCGCAGAUGGACGAAGUCCCUCCUCUGCGCCAUGCGAGGGUGAUGACUCUCCCGAGAGUCCGUCGGGGGAGUCCGUGAGGCUUCAGCAGUUCUUCGACUAUUUGGGGAUGGACUCGAGACAGUACGACGCGUUCAUACGUGAUGGAGACGAUGACAGUCCUGUGUUUUUCUCGUCCGCGUCUACCAUUGACUCGAAUCAGAUAGCAGCGGCUGCGGACUACACGGUCCAAGGUCCUGGUAUCCAGAAGCAAAUCUACCGCAACACAGAACCGCCAAGCGUAGUCGAAAGAAACGCGAGGAUUAUUAAAUGGUUAUGCCAGUGUCGUAAAGCUCAAAUGCAACCGCCUCAAUAGACCAAAAAAAAACAAACACAAAAAGCGUUUUGUUUUAUGA